AACGGAGGCGACUGUACAGCGCAUGCGCACGAUUUAAAAGCGAUGGAGGCAGACAAGGCGCCGCUGACGGAGAAAGAUAUCCGAGAAAGGGUUAACUUGCGCCGCGAGGACAUCGCCUCUGUCCGGGUAUUGUCUCUUCCUGGAACCUACCAUGAAAAGAUAAUUCAUUUAGGAAGCUCCCUGAAAAAUUUCAUUCGUCUGAAAUCUCUGGACCUCUCGCGGAAUGCGUUGAUCUCCUUGGAGGGCCUUCAACAUCUCACAGGAUUAGAAAAGCUCAAUCUCUACUUCAAUCACAUUUCCACGCUCUCGGAAGUGUUUCGCCUCCAGACCUUAACAGCGCUGCAGGAAGUGGACCUCCGGCUGAAUCCCGUCAUUAAAAAUGAAUCGGACUACCGUCUUUUUGUCGUGCACAUGCUCCCCAAUCUCAGGCAACUGGAUGAUUGGCCUGUGAGAGACCACGAGCGGAAAGCCUCCCUUUUGCAUUUCACUCCAGAGCAAGCGUACGAGUUCCGGAACCCCCCCGAUGUCCCAGAAGAGCCCCAAACGGGGAGCCCGCCUGUCCACAGCAGAGCCGAGUACAUUUAUUCCCUGUCGAAGAAGUGCUCGGUGAUGGAUGAAGAUGACGAGGCUGUCCUCAACCUCAUUGCCAAGUGCGGCUGGACCUUAAGUAAGCCUCUGGGAGUGACCGGCUCGACUCAAAGGGACCCCGAGGUUCAAUUUCACGUUUCAAACAAAUAUGAAAACUUGCCUGAUUCAUCAAAGCCGCCAGGGUCCACGAAUCAGAAAAGCAGCAUUAGUGUGGGGUUUUCUGACCCCAAAACUCAAGAACAGGCCAAGAGGAAUCCAAACACGAAGCUCCACGAUAAAACGGAAGCGCACGAGAAAGUCACAAGGCAUGCUCAUUUCACACCCCAUCCAGGAGCAAACGAACCCCUUGCCGCUUCGAAGAAAAAGAGACCUCCUCCUCAGAAGGGACGGAAACCUGAAGAGCAGAAGCAAACUAACCAAGACAUUCCUUCAGCGGUGUCUCACCUACAGCUGAGUAAGGAAGCAUCGAUAGAGCAUCUUCUGGACCUGGUCGACAGAUACUGGAAUGGCUGCCGAUCGCUUCAUUGUAAUAAGGAAUUUCUGUCUAAGGCAGGCUCGGUUUUAUCCGCCAUCCAGAAGGGCGAAGCAGCAGCAGCAGCAGCUGGAUGUCCGUCUUCCCCUUCUGUGCACGAAGUGCUGCCCGACCUCCUCUUUGAGAAGGCGUUUUUGCAGGAGCGCCUCUUCGAGCGAGGCGAGCAGCACAAAGCCCAGAUCGAAAGCCUGAAGGCAGAGCUGAGCAGUGCGAAGAAAGAUCUGACUGUCUUGAAGCAGCAUUUGCAUGACGUAUUGGAAGAAAACGAAGUCCUGAAAGCAGUUUGCGCUGAAGCAAAAGAAAGACCCCCGAGUGCUGAUGGUGCAAAUGCAGAGAAGUUACAGAUCGCCAAGCUUCAGGAGCAAAUCCAGGCGUCAGCCAAGGAGAACGCCGGUUUGAAGCAGCGCCUCCGGGACUUCGACAACUUGCAGGAGUUUAUCCAGAUGCUCAAGGAAAGCCACAAGAUGUUGAUUUCUACCAAGGAGCACCUUGAGCGGGAACUGGAGGAGACCCGUCUGCGCCACAAGGCCGAAGUGGAGGAGCUCCACUGGAGCUACAAUCAGCUCAAGAAGACCACGGAGCAGCUGUCUUCCGUCAAGGCAGGCAACAGCAAGAGCUGAAAAACACAACUGCCCUGGGGGUGACUUACAGAAGGGCCGAGUUACCUUUGGGGUCAUCUUCCUAUCUGUCUGACAUUUGUCAUCCUUCACCCCACCCCCUCCGAUUCCCAAGGAUACUAGUUUGGUUUUUCGUAUAUAUUCCUAAUCCAGUUUAUAAAAUGUCAACGUAUUUCUAGA